GGUGUUACUUUCGAAACAAAAAUAAAAUUUAAAAUAAAAAAACCAUUGAGAGAACGAGUGACGAAAAAUGUCAUCGAUACAUUGAAAAUUUUGUGUGUUUGAAUGCAUUUUUAUCAACAGAAAAAAAACUGCGACAUUUAAAAGCCCAUAGAAAUUAAUGUGAAUUACAGAAAGAAAUAGUGUCAGAAUUUGGCUUUUUUUGCUGCACUCAAAUAAAUUCGAUAGCCAUUAAGAGUUACCGAUACGAAUUUUUUUUAAAGAUAAAUACCAAAUACCGGGAAAGCACCAUAUUCAAUUUGACGGUUUAACGAGCAGCUUAACAGCUAUUGAUAUCUAUCAAAUGCAUCAGCAGAUUGGUGAGCGCAAAAAAUCCGGAUUGUAAUUUGGUCGUUUUGUGGGUUCGUCUAUUACGAACUGAAUGCAUUUCGAACUGAGAAGGAUUCAAAACUCAAUCCGAAACCGUGGAAUUGUCCAUCCGAAGCGUCCGUGAUGGAUUGGAGCCUAACAUCGGUUUUGGAGUAGUUUAUAUGCGUUUAUGUGUGCGUGAACCAAAAUUUCAGGCAAACAGAAGAAACAAAACGUGAAGAUAAAUCGUGUGUGAGAGAAAGCGAGAAGCAAGCCAAAAGCAUACGAACCGAAUUGUCACAUUUUUGUGUAUACGGCUCUUGUGUAUCUGUGUGUACCCGAAAGCGUCAGAUCAAAAUUUCUCUUUUUCGGUUUAUAUUAUUAUAACAAUUAUUAUUUUCACACUGUAUAUUUGAAUAUCGGUUGAAAAUCUUUGCAAACAAAAAAUUUAUCCAAAUGAAAACGGCGACGAUAUUCCGAAAUUUAGAACAUUGGAAAGAACAAUUUAUGAACGAUGAACUAUCAAAACUAUCGAUACAUGACAAAUGAACAAUGUUGAACAGUGAGAAAAAAGUUAUUCAGUGAGCUACCAUACCAUACAAUUUGCAUACUCUUGUGUCUUCUACAUGCUGAACACCAAAUUGUGUAUAGUACAUGUGCUAACUGUAUCAUAUUGAUAUCAUUAUAAUUUUGGUUUCGGUUCGUCUAUUCGACAAAUGACAAAAAGGCAAAACACUGAGAUCAUUGCAAUCGAUUAAUCGAGCCGUUGAUCGCGUCUCCAAGGGAAAAGUUAACAAAACGAAAAUCAUUUUUCAUCUCUAUCACAAAUUUGAAAAUUGUAAAUUGAAAAACAAGAAACAAAAAUCAAAUAAAGAAUAAAAAGAAGAACAGUGGCUAUAUUCGGUGCAGAAACAGCAAUAGCAUUAAUUGUGAUCCGUGAUUGAAAUGUACAGAUAAAUUGUAUUUUUUGUCCAUAUUUUAACUAUUUACACGCGCCGAAUAUCGUUCAAAGUGACGGGCAUCAGUUUAGCAGUCAAAGAACUCAAUGAAAUCUAAACCGCUUCUUGUUUGUCGAAUUGUCAUUGAACGUGUGCAUAAAUAUAAAUUUUAAAUUAAAGAUAGAAAAAAAAGUCAUUCGUCUCGUUGUUUAAUAUUGUCAUGUUAUUACUGUUGACUGCCUAAUUAAAAAAAAAAUAAUAAUAAUUUUUAGUUCGAUUUUGCGUAUACGUGUUAGUGAAAUAAUUCGCCUGUGUGUCGGUUUUUUUGUUGAAAACAUUGAAUUCGCGCGUCGAGUUUGAAUGGUAAACGUGGUGGUGGUACAUGAAAACAAUAUUUCGCGCUAUUGAACACAUCCAAUUGGUUUGGUUUGGAUGUUAAAGAAACAACAGAGCAUUCAUAUUUAUCAGCCGCAAAAAUACACUGACGUUCGAAAGUGGCUCAAACAGUAAUAUCAACUGGCAGCUAUGCCAUCGAUGUAGUAGAAAUCGGCGCAAAAAUAUCGACGAAUCAAAUUUGAAAACGGGGCGAGAAAUGAACAAAAUCGCGGCAUGUAAAGAAAAAAAUUCAAGCAAAAGAACUCAACGAAAAUAUUGUUUUAAUAAUAAUAACAACAACAAUAUACAAUCCAAAACGAUCGGCAUAUAGCAACAAUAAAACGGCGACCAACUUUUAAUACAUCUCUGCACAUGAAACUUUUUUAUAUAGAACUCAUUAUAGUAGCAACAGCAGGAACACAACAACAACAUUGCGGAGACGAAAAAGAAAGAGCAAACUGAAAAAGAAGAGCAACGCGGCGAAAAUAUAGCGACAGAGUAGAAGCGAAUAUAAAAUAACACACGAAAAAAACACUAUCCAAUAUACAUAUAUUCGAAAGGAAAAAACCGAAAUAUAGAAAGAAAAAAACCAGAGAAAUAACAAUAUUUGUGUGUAUAUACUUUGUGUAUGUACACUUCAUAUUACAUAGUUCUAUAUAUUUUAUAUAUUUAUUAAAUAAUGUAUGGAAAAUCGAAAAACUCAUCGGUGCCGUCGGAUGCGCAGGCCAGAGAAAAAUUGGCCCUUUAUGUGUAUGAAUAUCUACUGCAUGUUGGAGCACAAAAAGCCGCACAGACAUUUCUAUCGGAGAUCCGAUGGGAGAAAAACAUCACACUAGGUGAACCACCUGGAUUCCUACAUUCCUGGUGGUGUGUAUUUUGGGAUCUUUAUUGUGCGGCACCAGAGAGAAGAGAACAAUGUGAUCAUUCAUCCGAAGCAAAAGCGUUUCACGACUAUGGUUUUGUAAGUUCAGGAUACGGCGUAAAUGGCAUCGGUCACAAUGCUGGACCUGCACCCAGUCCUAUCGGUCAACUGCCACCAAAUGAAGGAAUGCCGGGUGGACCAAUGGCACCAAACUUUUUUCCAAAUUCUACAUUGAGACCAUCACCGCCAACACACCCAACAAGUCAGCAGUCUCCGCAUCCACAGCCACCAUCUUCGCAUAAUCAAUUGAUGUCCGGUCAGGUACAGUCGUUUAUGGGAGCGCCUCGGUAUCCAUCCGGACCUAGAGGACCUGGCGUUCGAAUGCCACAAGGAAUUGGUAACGAAUUCAAUGGACCACCCGGACAACCAAUGAUGCCAAAUAGUAUGGAUCCAACACGGCAAGGUGAAGCUGGCGAUUUUGUAGCAUGGCAAGGCGGUCCAGGCAUUGGACCAAUCAAUCCACGAAUGAAUCCACCAAGAGGCCCUUCUAUCGGCGGUCCCAUACCAGGAGCUUAUGGUCCAGGAGGUAUGCGUGGACCACCACCAGGUGCACCAGGAAUGCCACCAGGAAUGGGAAUGUCAAGUGGAGGACGACCGCAGUGGCAACCAAAUACGUCAACACCUAUGAACUACUCAUCAUCGUCACCAGGAAACUAUGGUGGUCCUCCGGGAGGUGGUCCGCCAGGACCGGGUACGCCGAUAAUGCCUUCACCUCAAGAUUCGUCAAAUUCUGGUGGGGAUAAUAUGUACACAUUAAUGAAACCAGCUGGUGGAAAUAUGGGCGGUCAGAUGAAUGAAUUCAAACAAGAGUUUCCAAUGGGUUCGAGUGGUGAUGGAAAUCCGAUGGGUCCGAUGGGAGGUCCAAAUUCAAUGGGAAAUGUACUUAAUGGCAACGAUUUAGAUGGCAUGAAAAAUUCACCAGCCAACGGAGCCGGACCAGGAACUCCUAGAGAAGAUAGCGGCAGUAUUGGUGAUUAUAAUCUAGGGAGUUUCGGUGGGCCUGGAGAAAAUGACCAAAAUGAAUCGGCAGCUAUCCUCAAAAUAAAGGAAAGCAUGCAGGAAGAGGCGAAAAGGUUUGAGAAAGAUUCUGAUCCCCCAGAUUACUUUAUGCAAUAGCAUUCCUAUUUCCAUCCUCACGGCACAAAAGCGACUAAAACUGCAUAUUAAACACAUAGAAAUUUAACGGAAGAAAAUUAUAAAAAACAGUGAAAAAGCGAAAAAAAGGAGAAAUGGAAUAGUCAAAAAAGACACGAAUUGAUGCAAAAAAAAAUAAAAAUAAAACGAAAAAUUUGAAAUGUUGAUUAACGAUAUAAAGAAGCAACAAUUUUGUAAAACAGCGAAGAAGAAAAAAACAAAAAUUUAAAAAAAUGUCAUGUGAAAAAGGAACUAGAAUUCAUUACAGAAGUAAAAAAAUAUAUAAUAAAAUAGAAAAAUGACAAAGUGGAUGAAUAUAUAGAACCAACUUGAAACUUGUAAUUAAAAAGAAAAUGACAAGGAAACACACACACACACACACACACACACACACACACACUCACACACUUAACAAUUAAGAUACAUGAAAAAAAUUGCAAAAGUUCCAAAAAUAUUUGCGUAUCCACUGAAACCCAACACAUAUGCAAACAAAAUGGCAUUAAUUACAUUUCAAUAGAAUGUUUAAUUUUAAAACAACUGAAAAUAUUUAACAUGUUGACAGGAAUAUAGCCAAUGUUCUAUUUGAUAAGAUUAGCCAAACUGAUCCUUGAGUAAAAAAAAAUCAGAAAAAAACAUGAAAAACUACCGAUAAAACUUGCUCAUGUCCACGCAGGCUUCGCAUUCAAUUGAAUCGAUGAUCUCUUCUUAUCAUUCGUUCGAGUAUUGUCUCCAAAUUAAUUUCCAUCAACAGAAACUUCUUGAAUUAUCAACAUUUCACGUGUGUUUGUACAUAAAUUAUAGUGAAAAAAUUAUUUUGUUCUGCCGCGAUGUGUCCGAAACGGGUGCAUUCAAAAAAAUAUGCACCGCUAUCAAAAUUUCAAUGUUUGUGUGUGAGAAUUAUUUUUGUAAAGAAAGGUCUUUUUUGUGUCGCAUUUUAGUAGAUUUUGUGAUCCACCUUUUGGAAAAAAGAAAACAAAAAGAUUUAAAUAUUUGAUAGAAUUGCAGCUAAUGAGCAAAAGAAAACGAAAUUUGUACGCAAAUUACCGUAGUAAAUAUGCAUGAAUUUUGACAUUUUUUUUCCUGUCCAUUAUAAAUAUCCAAAUUUCCAAUCCAUUUACGCCUUAUAUGUCUGCCAAGGACAAUACGGUGUAUAUGAUCUCAACACUUUUUCUUCCAUUGUUUCAUUUUUGUUAGUAAAAUAGCUAUUGUAAUUGCAUAACAUUUCAACGAAAUAACUAAAUUAUUCACUUUCUUUUUGUUGUCCAAACUUCAAAAGAAGUUACAAUAUUAGUAUUUGAGACAGAGAUUCGAAGCCAACAACAAAAUACAUACACAAAAAGCGCAAUUAAUGGUAAACAAAUAAUAACAAAAAAUCAUAAUUUUCCAUCAUCAGACAUUGUCUGCAAAUACGGGAAAAAACAAAACAAAUCAACUAUCAUUAUUAUUGCAAUUAAUCGUUAUAUUUGGCUCAAAAUUGAAUCGAAUCAAAAUAUUGUGCUCGAUUGACUGAGCCAAUGAACAUUCAUUCCGGAGUAAAUAUCAUUGAACAUAUUCAGAUAAAUGAUACUUUUACGAGUGGUGAGUGCUUUUUUUGAGCAAAAUAUAACGCCUAAUUGACACUUAUGAUUAUGAUUAAUAUGUAGCUAAAAGAAAUAAUAAUAAUGAAUUUUUCAUUUUCGUGUUGAUAAAAUGAUAAUAUGAACAAAAACAAUCUCUUCUUUUCGGGCUUCUUUACCGUAAAGCUCAUUAUUUUGACUGCAUUCACUCUUACAAUUGAAACGCAACCAUUGUAAUAUCCAUUGCUUAAUUGAUGAUAAUGUACUUGAUUUCUCCAGAUUUGGCAUACACAAUCCAAAAACAACCACUUACAUUAUAUAAAAAUAUAAAUAAAAAAACUACUAAUUUAAAAGAAAAGAAAACGCAAAACUACGCCAAAAAUCCAAUCAAUUACAUGAUGAAUUGCAUGCCACACACAAACAUACACACUCACAGACACAAACACACAUACACACACAACAUUUUGCUAGCAUUGGCAAACUUGUAUUUUGAAUGUUAAAUAGUUUUUAAUAUUAUUUAAAUGUUAAAUGAAUGGAAGGAAUACAAAAUGUUUCUUCUUUUGUCAAAUAAAAAAAGAGAAAACACGUACACAUACUGUAACUAGAAAUAUUUAAUAAAUAAGAGAAACAUU